AUGAAUCCCCAGACAGUAGCACUCAUCACAGGAGCCAACGGCGGCAUCGGCCGCGCCGCUGCCGAAAUCCUAGCUUCCGCCCAUCACUACCACGUCAUCAUCGGUUCUCGUAGCCUCAAAGCAGGCCAAGAGGUAGCCGAUUCCCUCACGUCUCGCGGCCUGUGCGCGUCCGCCAUCCAACUCGAUCUCACAUCCGACAACGACAUCCUCGCAGCGGCCGCCUACAUCUCCGAAACCUUUGGAAAACUCGACGUCCUCGUCAACAACGCCGGCGCGCACUUUGACAUGAACGACAAACUCUCCUGGACGUCCACCUUUGCCACAAACGUCGUCGGCACCGCCGUCCUAACUGGCGCGCUCCUCCCGCUCCUCCGCAAGGCCCAGUUCCCGCGCAUCGUCUUCGUCAGCUCUACCAAGGGGUCCAUGGCCGCUGCCCUGGACGGAAGCGCGGGGUUCUACGAUAUCGCGGCCAAGGCGUACGAUGCCAGCAAAUCUGCGGUCAAUAUGUUGACCGUCAGCUAUGCUAGGGUGUUGAAGGGUGACGGGGGCGUUGCGAAUGCCGUGUGCCCGGGGCUGAUUGAGACGAAGCUGACUGCGUUUAUGGGGAAGGAUCUGCUGGCUAGCCAUGGCGCUGCUUCAACUGGGUUGGGGGCGAAGAGGAUUGUGGAGAUGGCUACGCUGGAGGAGGGGAGUGCUGUGUCGGGAACGUUUUCAAACAGAGAUGGGGCUGUUCCUUGGUGA